AUGUCAUCUACGUUAGUCGUAGAAGAAAAUUCUUGGACAGCAUUUGAGAAACUUUUACUUGUACAGUUAGUUUACAAGCUCCAGGACAACUGGGCGGCAGUAUGUCGUGAUAUGAGGAGGCAUCCCAUGAUCAGUCACCCUGCUGAGUUUUUUACUCAAAAGAACUGCGCCACCAAAUAUAAAUCACUGAUUGAACCGUUAGAAAUAGAAGCGGAAAUAGAAAAUGAGAAUAAAAAGAAAUCAGGAGAUUUUUCUUCUUCAUUUAAUGAUGAACGUCGCAUGCCUCCAGCAGCAAAAUUGGCUCGUAUAUUAUACCAAGAACGUAUUCGUGAAUUAAAAUCUAUGGUGUCAUCAGCAGAACAAAGAUUUCGAACAAUUGUCACAGAAAUCGAUGAUAUACGUUCUGGAAAAUUGGACUCUCAAUUGGUUGAAAUAUUGAAAGAUGAACAAAAAAAGAAAGAAAAAUCGGGGCAGAAAGCUUCAGAUAAUAAAGAGCAAACAUAUGAACAAUCAGAGGAAAUUGUUAUCGAAGAGGUGUUAAUAUCUGUAAAUCCUCCUGAAGUUACUUCAAAAACUGUUGAUAAAUUGGCAAUUUCUGAUGAAAAAAUGGAUAUUGAUGAAAAUAAUAAUGACAUGAUUACCGACGAUAACAAUAUUAAUCCUUUAAAUACAAAAGAAGGGCAAGAAGGGCAAGAAGGGCGAGAAGGGAAACUUACGGACAUUCGGGUUGCCGGAGAGCCUAAUAAAGAUAAUAGUGAAAAAGUCCAAGAACAACAAUUAAUAAUUUCUGGAUUAUCAGAUAAAGGCAAAGAUAUUAUUAUGAUGGACAUUGACGCGAAAUCAGUUGAAAAUCCCCAAAAGACAUUAUCUGUAGACCUACCUAAACCUGAACAAGUAAUGAGACUUAUUAAUGAAAACACUUCACCUCAGGACGUGAUUUCAGAAGAUACCCCUCAAACCAUUAGUGGGGAUAAUCCAAUGGAUGUUGAUGAGUCUCCAGAAACAAACCCAAGUACUUCGCCAGUCCAUUAUUCCAAUAAAUUAAUGAAUUCACCGAAAGAACUCACUCCUAAAAAUAAUGAAGUUCUAGUUCAGUCUGAAGAAGAAAUGGAAGUCAAUACUGAGAAUAUUAUAGAUGAUGAUACUAAUCUUCAAAUUUUAGGCGAUUCAUCACAUUCUGAUGUGAAAGGUGAAAAGGAGAAUGUCCCAGUGAAAGAUGAAUCUUCGGUUGUUAAACAAGAGUUCAAGGAACCGUUGACUCCAUCUGCAGGGGUUAUUCCUUCCACUCCCUCCGGUGUCGUGAAUACUACAACUCCUGCCGCUAUGGGACUACCAUCCACUCCUGGAGAUGCCGCUAGAACCCCUCAUGGAAGUGAAAUUGCGCCUACUCCCGGUGGAGGAGAGCCAUCUGAAAGUAGUUCGAUUGAUGAUAAGAAACAAAAGACUUGGCAUAAAUUGGUGACAAUGAUUUUGCAAGAGAUUUCUAAUCAUCGUUACGCAAGUGUUUUUCAAAACCCAAUCAGGGAGCAAGAUGCGCCUGGUUAUUAUGAUAUUGUUAAGCAACCAAUGGAUCUGAGAACGUUGAAAAAACGUCUCCGAGAUGACCAAUUUCAUCGAGAUCUUAUGCUAAUGUUUAUGAAUGCGUCUGUGUUCAAUAGAAAAGAAACCGAUAUUCACCAAAUGGCAACAGAAAUGAAAGAUUUUGUUGAAAACCAAAUCUCAGAAUUCAGAAGAAGCGAGAGUUCAGGAAUUUCUGGGGGGGUUCAUGAACCAGCAACACGAAGAAAGAGUAUGGCCUUGGAGGGUACAAAACAAGGCUUAUUUAAGUAG